UACUGUUACCAAUUCUAUAUAAGUUCAGCUUCAUGCCCAGUGCUGUCUGUGGCCUUUCUAACCCAGACAUGACUAGGACAGUGGUGUCACCUGUAACCCUGGGGCUGCUGGGCCUGUGCUGGUCCCUGACUGCUGCCAACCCUCUCCCUUCUGCCCGUGAGACUGUUGCUGAAAAUGUUGGUGAAGGUGCGACCCAGCCAGACUCAGAUGUAAUCGAGCGCUGCUCAGAUGGCUGGAGCUUUGAUGCUACCACCCUGGAUCACAAUGGAACCAUGCUGUUCUUUAAAGGGGAGUUCGUGUGGAGGGGUCAUUCAGGGGUCCGGGAAUUAAUCUCAGAGAGGUGGAAGAACUCCACCAGCUCCAUAGAUGCUGCAUUCCGCCGUGGUCCUGACAGUGUCUUCCUGAUCAAGGGAGACAAAAUCUGGGUGUACCCCCCUGAAAAGAAGGAAAAUGGAUAUCCAAAGUUGCUCCAAGAAGAAUUCCCUGGAAUCCCAUACCCACUGGAUGCCGCUGUGGAGUGCCACCAUGGAGAAUGCCCGAGUGAAGGCGUCCUCUUCUUCCAAGGUAACCGCAAGUGGUUCUGGGACUUUGCUACAAGAACCAAAAAGGAACGCUCCUGGCCAGCUGUUGGGAAUUGCACCGCAGCCUUGAGGUGGCUUGAACGCUACUACUGCUUCCAGGGUAACCAGUUCCUGCGCUUCAACCCUGUCUCAGGAGAGGUGCCUCCCAGAUACCCUCUGGAUGCCCGUGAUUACUUCAUGUCCUGCCCUGGCAGAGGCCAUGGUAGACCCAGAAAUGCAACGAAUAGCACCCAUCCUAUGCAUUCACGCUGUAGCCCGGAUCCCGGCUUGACUGCAUUAAUGUCUGAUCACCGUGGUGCCACCUAUGCCUUCAGUGGCUCCCACUACUGGCGACUGGACACCAGCCGUGAUGGGUGGCAUAGCUGGCCCAUUGCUCAUCACUGGCCCCAGGGGCCUUCGGCAGUAGAUGCUGCCUUUUCCUGGGAUGGGAAAGUCUAUCUGAUCCAGGGCACUCAAGUAUACGUCUUCCUGACAAAGGGAGGCAAUACCCUAGUAAGUGGUUAUCCAAAGCGGCUGGAGAAGGAACUCGGGAGCCCUCCUGGGAUCAGCCUUGACACUGUGGAUUCGACCUUUAUCUGCCCUGGUUCUUCCAGGCUCUAUGUCACAGCAGGACGGCGGCUAUGGUGGCUGGACCUGAAGUCAGGAGCUCAGGCGAUAUGGACAGAGCUUUCUUGGCCCCAUGAGAAAAUUGAUGGGGCCCUAUGUUUGGACAAGUCCCUUGGUCCCAAUUCAUGUUCUUCCAAAGGUCCCAGCUUAUACCUUAUCCAUGGGCCCAAUUUGUACUGCUACAGCAGUAUAGACAAACUGAAUGCUGCCAAGGUGGUUCCGCAGCCCCAGAGAGUCAACAGCCUCCUUGGCUGCAGUCAAUAAGAAGAAGCACUGAUAGGAAUUAUCCCAGUGCAGCCCAGCUACCUCUCCAUUUUCAUCCUAAUAAAACCAGAUGGUUUCUUCACAUGAA